UGAAUUUUUUUGUAAUAGAAAUUAGUUGUGAUCGCACCGUGUGUGUGAGCGGUUGUAUUUAAAAAUUUGUUUCUAUUAGUUUUCUUUUAUUUUUUAUUAAUUCUUAUAUACCGUGCUACUUUGAGGAGGGUUGUUUAUUGAAAAAAAGUGAUGAUUAAAUAAAAAAAAUUUGAUAUUUUUUCAUUAUAAAGAAAAAUUUUUGUAUACACUGCAAAGAAAACGCGCAGUUUACUAAAUGUUUUUAUAACAAUAAAUAAUUGUAAUAAAAUUAAUCUGUGAUUAUUUUUUCUUAUAAAGAAACAAAGAAAUUUACACAUAUUACAAUAAAAAAAAAAACAAAACUAAAACUCAAACUGUGUUUGAAAACUUAAUUACUGUGAUUUUAUUUUGAAUGUUGUAAAAAGUUAAUAUAAACAAAAUGGUUGAGAACGAUAAUAAAAAUCUAUUAAAUGACAAUAGACAGGUUAAGGCCCAGAUAGUGCCUGUGCAAACCAAAACCCUACAACAUUUGCCCAAACGACCAGCAGUGGAUUUGGCUUUUCACAAUUUAACCUACAGAGUUAAAGAGGGCAGCCGAAGCAAUGCCAAAACUAUACUCAAAGGUGUCAGUGGACGUUUACGUUCAGGUGAACUUACUGCCAUUAUGGGACCAUCUGGAGCUGGUAAAAGUACCCUGCUUAAUAUUUUAUCAGGAUACAAAACCUCCAACAUUGAAGGCAGUGUAACAAUGAAUGGUCAUGAACGUAACAUUAGUGCAUUCCGUAAAUUAUCCGCCUACAUUAUGCAAGACAAUCAAUUGCAUGGCAAUUUGACCGUACAAGAAGCAAUGACAGUGGCCACAAAUUUGAAAUUAAGUAAAAAAUUCACUAAACCAGAAAAAAUGUCAAUGAUCGACGAUAUCCUUUUGACUUUGAGUUUAAGCGAACACCGCAACACCUUGACACGCAAUCUUUCGGGCGGUCAAAAGAAACGUCUAUCAAUUGCUUUGGAAUUGGUCAGUAAUCCACCUAUCAUGUUUUUCGAUGAACCCACCUCGGGUCUUGACAGUUCCACUUGUUUCCAAUGUAUCAAUCUGUUGAAAAUGUUGGCUGAAGGUGGUCGUACCAUUAUCUGUACCAUACAUCAACCUUCGGCCCGUCUUUUUGAAAUGUUCGAUCAAUUGUAUACUUUAGCCGAUGGUCAGUGUGUUUAUCAGGGUAGUACCAAACAAUUAGUGCCUUUCUUGUCCACUUUGAAUCUGGAAUGUCCCAGUUAUCACAAUCCUGCUAGUUAUAUCAUUGAGGUAGCUUGUGGUGAACAUGGUGAUCACACCAGACGUUUGGUAGAUGCCAUCGAUAAUGGUAAAAAGGAUAUACGCACAUCAGCCGAUUAUGCUGGCUUGAAGGCACGCAAUGAUUUGAUAAAGGUACAAAACCUUAAAGCUAUACUCGAUAAAAAUGAUGCGGCCAAUUCGACAAGUGGCAAAUAUGAGGAUAAUUUAACUUUAAACAAUGGCAUACUUAAGGGUAAUUUGGUUAACGAUAUUGCCAAACAGUCCGUCGAGCCGGUAGUGAGUACAAAUGAAAAAGGUGAUGCCAUGAUUGAGCUGGAAAAGACGGAUAAUUGUACGACAGCUUUAUUGUCGGCGGAUAUUGCUUCACCCGAACGUUAUCCCACCUCACAAUUCCAUCAGUUUUGGGUUGUUCUAAAACGUACUCUACUCUUCAGUUAUCGUGAUUGGACUCUUAUGUACUUGCGUUUGUUUGCUCAUUUAUUGGUUGGUUUCCUGAUCGGUGCUCUCUACUAUGAUAUUGGCAAUGAUGGUGCUAAGGUUUUAAGUAAUCUGGGUUUCCUGUUCUUCAACAUGUUGUUCUUAAUGUACACUUCCAUGACAAUUACAAUUUUAUCAUUCCCUCUCGAAAUGCCGGUAUUGCUGAAAGAAAACUUUAAUCGAUGGUAUUCGCUGAAGUCCUAUUAUUUGGCCAUAUCGGUAGCAGAUAUUCCAUUCCAGGCCAUUUUCUGUGUUAUCUACGUAUCCAUAGUCUACUACUUCACAUCUCAACCAUGGGAGCUUUUCCGUUUCUCUAUGUUUUUGGGAGCCUGUUUGAUGAUCUCAUUUGUAGCACAAUCGGUGGGUUUGGUUGUAGGUGCCGCCAUGAAUGUACAAAAUGGUGUCUUCUUAGCUCCUGUUAUGUCAGUGCCCUUCUUGCUGUUCUCUGGAUUCUUUGUAUCAUUCGAUGCUAUACCUGUGUAUCUCAGAUGGAUCACUUACUUGUCUUACAUCAGAUACGGUUUCGAAGGUACUGCUUUGGCCACCUAUGGUUAUGGACGUGAGAAACUCAAGUGCUUCCAAACCUAUUGUCAUUUCAAAUCGCCCAUGACCACUUUGGAGGAACUGGAUAUGGUUGAUGCUGAUUAUACUUUGGAUAUAGUGGCCUUGGUUGUUAUAUUCGUAGUCUUAAGAGUGUCAGCUUAUCUAUUCUUGAAAUGGAAGUUGAAGACAGCUCGUUAAGAUUACUUUAACGUACAAGAAUUUAAAAGCAAUUUUUUUUUAUUUUAUUAUUAAUCGGAAAAAUCGUUUAGAUAUUUCCCUUUAGUUUUCUUUUUAGUUUGUUUUUAUAGUUAUUAAGUAUAUAUCUUGCUCUGCGAUUAUGAAGAAGAAAAAAAACGUGAUUUAAUUGUUAUUUUUUAAAUAAAAUAUAAAACAAAAAACUUUCGAUGAACAAAAAAAAAACUUUUUUAUUUAUUUUAAAUAUUAACAAAUAAGAAAAGUGUAUUAAAUUAUUAAAAACGAAAAUAAAUUUUAUAUAACUAAAAAAAUUAAAACGAAAGCUAAAUUGAACAAAAAAGCCAAAUUAUGCCUUAAGCUAAAAUCCAAAAGAACAUAAUGAGUUUAAAAAAUUUAAUUAAAAAAAUACUAAUUAGUUAAGGCAAUAAAUACUAUUAUUGUAUUAGCCAAUAAAAUUAUUCUAAACUCAUGGUGUUUUUAUUAAACAUACUUCAAUUUAAGCUAAUCCAUUUACAUUUUACAGUACGGCUUAUUUAUUUAAAAAAAAUCAAAAUACAAUUAAAUUAUUAUUUUUAAUAACUUAAGUUACAUUUGGUAGACAGUUUUAAUUUCUUCUAUUUUUUUUUUUUUUUUUUAAUAAAACUAUUUUUAAAUAAUAACGUGAUGUUUUAGGGAAUAUUAUUGUUUAUAUUUUGAUAUACGAUUUACAAGCAUAAAAAUUUAAAAUUAAUAUACAUUUUUUUAUAAGACACAAUAAUCUUUAAAAUUUAUUUUUUUUUUUUUCAUUAUAAAUUAAAUUUAAUUGUAUUAAAAAUCAAAAACAAUUUUUUUUGUAGUAUUGUAUACUCUGAAGAUUUUUAAAAAUAAAUGUAUAUUUUGUGGAU